GCGUGCGCUGCCUACAGUUUCAUCACCAUCCCGUCUCUCAGCAGCAUCUUCAGUCGUCUCAGCCUCUAUCUGCUGUCUGGUCAGGUCGCGUUGGCAAACCAGUGUCUCUCCCAGGCGGAUGCUUUCCUAAAGGCGGCGGUCAGUCUUCUCCCGGAGGUCCCUCGCUCCAUCAGCGUGGAGGGGAAACUUCGAGCGUCUGAGAGCUUCCUGCUGGACUUCAUCAACAACUUCCUGGCUACGCUGCUGGUUGUCCCGGUAACACAAGUCCCUUCCUUAGCCUCUCAGAACAGAAAGAUGAGGAAAAUCAUCCAAGGCUGA